CGAAGGCAGAUGCACAAAAAUGACGAGAAGGAAAGCACGAGGUCGCGGCUCUGCAUCCGGUCCUUGCUCGUCGCAGACCACAAAGAAAGACCGAAGGAGAAUGAAGCUCGCAGGCGGCGCUUCGUCGGUCGAUUCGCGAAGAGGGAGUAGUCUCCGGGUCGACGAGACUGAAGAGGGAGGGCGUGAAGAAGCAGCGAAGUUUUGCUCGUCACUUCCGGAUGCGAGGUGUAAGGUCCGGGCGUUGCAAGAAGCGGUAGUAGCGAAGACGAGGCCAUCUGAUCUCUGUGGUCGAUGCGAACAGCAGAGGAAGAAAACGAGGGGAAAGGGGGUCCGAUGGGAGUCCGGUCGGCAGCCAUUCGUCGCAGGUGAGGAUCUCGGUGGUGUUUGCUCGAAAAUCACGAUGUUUCCCCUUUUUUUUGGCAGUUCUGAAUCAACCACCGGGAAGGAAAAGUAAACAAAAUCGUGUUGUUGUUAUUCCUGUUUGCUGGUAUACCCGAAGUCAAGAAUAAGAGUAUUCUUGUCGAUGUAGGAUGAAAGGAAAUAUGGAGGUUUAUUAACAGGAAACGUAGAAGAGAAGGGUGUUAGGGGCUGUUCCUGUGACAGCUUCAAUUGAGAAAAGGAAACACGUUUUCUUUUGAGUUUGAGUGUAGUAUUUUCCAUUGUGUGUAGAAUUGGAUGCUUUGUUAUUUGGAUGUAAACUUUUGGGUUUUGGCUGUAAUUUUUAUAUAAUUGGUUUGAUUUUUAUGGUUUUUGGCUGUAAUUUUUUAUAUAAUUGGUUUGAUUUUUGAUUGUUUUUAUAUAUUUUGUUUUUUCUUUGGGUGUAAAUUGAAGCAACUUAUGGUUUUUGGCUGUAAUUUUUAUAUAAUUGGUUUGAUUUUUAUGGUUUUUGGCUGUAAUUUUUAUAUAAUAGGUUUGAUUUUUGAUUGUUUUUAUAUAUUUUGUGUUUUCUUUGGGUGUAAAUUGAAGCAAAAGUUUUUUCCUAUGCGUAUGUAUUUAGUUUAUAACUUUGUGCUUAUAUAAUUGGUUUGAUUGUUUUUAUAUAUUUUGUGUUUUAUGUUUAUAGCUUUGUGUAUUGAUUUGUACAAUUUACUCCAUGCGUAUGUAUUUAGUUGAAUUUGGAUAUGUAUUGAUU